GGCAUAGGCUUGCAGGCCCCUUGCGAGCCAGGGUCAUUCAAGGACUGUAGUGAGAGUUAGGAAAGCCAGGCAAACCUGAGCAAGGAGGAGAAAAUGUUCUCUUCCCCUUAUCUCAUGUUGCAAGUUCUGAAUGCCUGGAUCAGCAGGAAGUGGCUCUUGCCUAGAUUAGAGGCGUUCCUCCUUAGGACAAGAACAUACUGUUCCUUGAAGAAGGGUGGCUGGGAGAAUUCUUUAACUCUGCAAACAUAAACAGAAUACAUGCUGUUCUUGAUAAAUCUUGUGUAUCUUUCUUCAAAGAUGUUAGUUUAAUCCCAUUAUGUGUGAAGGUACAUAUUGUUAUGCUUAUCUGAUUGCUGCAAGUAUAUAACCGUGUGGAAAAUAAACGACAGCAUGCAGUUGCAAGUGCUGCCUUUGCUCUGCAUCCCCUGUGUCCCGGUGAUUUCGCGACCCUUACCCAGGGACCCCAAUGCACUAGACGUUGACAAUUGGCGCCCGAACAGGGACCCUGAAGGACGUACAGGAAGGAGGAUGGACGGACCUGUUCCUGGCUCCCCGCAAGAUGGAUCCGGUCGAGGACCAAUUCGCACGGCUCCGUAUCCCACCAGACGACGGAUGGGGAAUCCAAACCAGGAUGAACUUCCGAUACAGGCCAUGGCACACUUAAACCUGGGGGGAAGGCGUCGCCGUCGGCAAACAUUUGCUACUGCGUUGCCUACCUGGGGACAAAUCAAAAAGCUUGGUGGGGAGAUGGCGGCAUCGCAGACCCUCGUAUAUCACAUCAGAAAUUUCCUGAUCAUAUUCAAACGCACUUAUGGAAAAUUGCAGCUGCGCUUAAGACUGUUAGAAUUUACAAUGGAACUUUUUCUGGCACAGCGAACUCUGCAUCAACUUAUAAUUUCACUAUUUCUAAAGAAAUGAAUGUAACUGCUUGUGUACCUUUGCCAUAUCUAUUUCUGAUAGGGAAUUUUAGCUUUGAUAAUGGAAUUAACUGUACCCAAUGUCGACUAUACUCUUGUAUUAAUAGUUCUAUAGAAUUUGAACCGGGAUAUUAUGAUUUUGCAACAGCGUUCUCACAUUUGGCUUCCGGUAAAUCUAGAACGACCAUGGGCUCAAAAUCCCGUGGACGCCUUAGUUUUGGAGUUUUUCAAAAAGAUGCUGAAACGUACAAAACGUUUUGUUGGCAUUAUUGUAGCGGUUGUUUUAAGUUUGAUUACAGUUACCGCGCUGGCCGCGGUAUCUGGUAUAGCAUUACAUACUUCUCUGCAAACCAAACAUUUCGUGGAAAAUUGGCACCGUGAUUCCCGAGACCUUUGGCUUUCCCAAACCAUGAUUGAUACUCGCUUGCAAACACAAAUAGAUGUCCUUAGGCAGACAGUGGGCUGGUUAGGGAAGAAGGUAUUGACACUAGAGAGGCAAAUUUGGCUUCGUUGGGAUUGGAAUUCUACGACUUUUUGUGUUACCAAUUUAAAAUAUAAUAAGUCACAGCAUGAUUGGAGCGUUAUCCAAAGGUACUUAGAAGGUAACUCGUCAGCGACUGACAUGAUCAAUAAUCUGCACACAAAUAUUCAGGAGAUCUUUGGUAGACCAUUUGAGACUGAAGAUGCUGCCACUCUGGCAGACUUGUUCCUUAAACAACUUGAGGGAUUAGACCCAAAAGGUAUCAUUCAGAGUUUAGGGCAUACUGCUGGAGGAAUGGGCAUUGUGUUGCUAGUUGUUAUCUUAUGCUUUAUGCUGCUACAUUUUUGCUAUGUAAAACCGUCCCAGAAUUCUAUGGCCACCCUUUGGAAGGCACUUUUAUUGAAACAAAAGAAAAAAGGGGGAAAUGAGAUGGCAUAGGCUUGCAGGCCCCUUGCGAGCCAGGGUCAUUCAAGGACUGUAGUGAGAGUUAGGAAAGCCAGGCAAACCUGAGCAAGGAGGAGAAAAUGUUCUCUUCCCCUUAUCUCAUGUUGCAAGUUCUGAAUGCCUGGAUCAGCAGGAAGUGGCUCUUGCCUAGAUUAGAGGCGUUCCUCCUUAGGACAAGAACAUACUGUUCCUUGAAGAAGGGUGGCUGGGAGAAUUCUUUAACUCUGCAAACAUAAACAGAAUACAUGCUGUUCUUGAUAAAUCUUGUGUAUCUUUCUUCAAAGAUGUUAGUUUAAUCCCAUUAUGUGUGAAGGUACAUAUUGUUAUGCUUAUCUGAUUGCUGCAAGUAUAUAGCUGUGUGGAAAAUAAACGACAGCAUGCAGUUGCAAGUGCUGCCUUUGCUCUG